AAUGAAACAUUUUAAAAUAACUUUCUUAAAAAAAUACAACAUUAUGAAAAUGUCAAAUUAUAGACUAAACAUGACAAAGUGUUGUAUUAUCGCAUACGAGUAGAUACUUGUGAAAUAAUAAUGUCUACAAUACUUGUGUCUCAGAAGAAGCUUAAUGCUUCAUCAUUUUACCAUUUUUUUUUUAUUCAGGAAACGUAUGUGGACUCCUCUAUGAGCUGCGCAUGCGUUCAUAUCUGAUUAUUUGUGGCAGCUGAGGCUGGGGGCUGGAAGCACUCCGCUCUCUUUUUUAUUUCUUGACGGUAUCGUUUGUCGACAGUUUUGUUCAGUUUUCUGUUGAUUUACAAAGUACAAUGACUGAACAAUCCGCACUACUUCUUCGAAAACAGCUGGCAGAGCUCAACAAGAACCCUGUCGAGGGAUUUUCUGCUGGGCUCAUAGACGAUGACGACAUCUAUAAAUGGGAGGUUGUCAUCAUCGGCCCACAGGACACGCUCUUUGAAGGAGGCUUUUUUAAAGCAUACCUGACCUUCCCUUAUGACUACCCUCUACGGCCGCCAAAGAUGAAGUUCAUCACUGAGAUCUGGCACCCUAACGUGGCCAAAAACGGUGACGUGUGCAUCUCGAUCCUGCAUGAGCCGGGCGAGGACAAGUUUGGCUACGAGAAGCCGGAGGAGCGCUGGCUGCCCAUCCACACGGUGGAGACCAUCAUGAUCAGCGUCAUCUCCAUGCUGGCUGACCCCAAUAGCGACUCGCCCGCUAAUGUCGACGCAGCGAAAGAGUGGAGGGAGGACCCAAACGGCGAGUUCAAGAGGAAGGUGGCCCGCUGUGUACGAAAGAGCCAAGAGAUGGCAUUCGAUUAACCCCGGUCUCUCCCCAUUUUUUUGUGGAUAAUCCCAUGCUAAACUAAUGUGUAUCAUGAGAGCCAACCUUACCCUUCAGAGGUGGACUAUUUCACCCAGCAAUUGUAAAUAAAGAGAUGAGAUCAGCCAAGCACUUCAGUACCCUGAGGUCCAUCUCUGGCAUGUGCUCUCUCUCCCCUGGGGGGCCAGCAGAGAGACCUACCAGCUAAACCACCCUCUGUCUCCUUCCCUCCCCUCCCCUACCGGGAAGUGUAUAUUUCAUUCUAUUUAUUUAAGAAAUGACAAUGUAAGAUAUGUCUCUACUGUAAAAUAUCUCGCUUUUUUUAUUGCUGCUGAACAGUUUCUACUUUGUAUCAGGUUUCUUAUGCAAUUUGUGGAUGUUUGUGGUUCUAUGGACUAUGAUGCCCUCGGAAGCCAGAAUUGUCAUCACAAUCAUAAUUACUGUUGUAAUAUUACUAUUAUUAAUUAUUAUUAUUAUUAUUAUGAUGAUGGCUCUUGUUAGUACCAGGCGACCUGUGUUCUCAAUGCCCUCCCCCUCACUGUUGCCUUAUGUUUGUUUUUUGCUCUUUCCUGAAUAUUUUGGCCGUGGCUGUAGGCGGGAGUCAUUUAAGUGUGUUUAUGGGGUUUUAGGCAUAGCCGCACAUUGGAGUUAUACACACACCACACCACGCACACACACACACACACAUAUACACACCGCACCGCACGCACGCGCACACACACACA